GUGAUGGAACCCGUGUUUACCUUGCCCUGGGAAACAAUGGUUAUGGAAAAGCAGUAAAGCGAAUACACAAAGAUAGCGGCAAAGACUUUGCAAAUCGAGAAAAAGAAAUUUUAAUGAGUUGAAUGCAAGGCGUUCAAAUUAUGUUGUGAAUUUUUGCCAUUUAGAAGAGAACUUUGACGAAGAGUAUUUGUACAUGAUAUUAGAUUUGUGUGAAGAAUCGUUAGAGAGUUAUGUGAAAUCUUCUUCUCUGCAAGAUCUUCAAAAAGUCGUUCCUACAAUUCUUAUGCAGAUUUUAAAAGGUUUAGCUGAUCUUCACAGUGGUCCGUGUCCUAUACUUCAUAGGGAUUUAAGACCAACAAACGUUCUUCGAGAUGUACAAGGAAAUUUUUUAAUUGCUGACUUUGGAAUAAGUCAUAUGUUAUCUAAUGAAACUUUGACACAUCAAAGCAUACAGAGAGGAGCUAAAAAUUGGAUAGCUCCAGAGUCAUAUAACGCAUCAGAUGAUACAAUUAAUAAAGUUCGUUACAAAAAAGAGUCUGACAUUAUGAAUGCCGGAAUGGUAGCUUAUUAUGUUGCAACAAAGGGAAAAUAUCCUUUUGGAAUUGAACAGCAUAGACUGGACAACAUUUUGAAAGGAAACCCAGCUGGCUUGAACGAAAUCAAGGAUGCCACGUUUAAAGACCUUUUAUCGUGGAUGCUACAGUUAAAACCUGAAGACAGGCCAUCUGCCAAUGAGGCGUUAAAACACCCUUAUCUACAAUCAGAUGAAGAGAAAUUUAGCAUGCUGUGUGAUAUGGGGAACCAACUGGAGGUGAAACAUUCACAAAGUCAAAAUUCUCCCACUUCAGAUGUUCAUAAGCAGUUGCAUGGCUCCACAGAAUGGAUGAAGCGUAUCGAUGAUGAAGUCGUCAAAGAUUUGAUCAACUUUGAAGUAAACGACAGUAUAAGAACUCUAAAGUACGAGUCUACAUGGGCAGGAUGCUUAAGAUUUAUACGAAACGUUGACCAACAUUGGCAAAAUAAGCCUCGUCCGCAUCUAUCACAAUAUGUAAAGCAAGGCAAUUAUAAAAAGUAUUUCCUGCAACGUUUUCCUGAACUUCCUCUUCUGGUGCACAAAGUCAUUAGGUCACUGGAAAACGAAAUCUGUUCACAAGAAUAAUGAAGAACGUCGUGCAUUUGUUCAGGAGUUGUUUACACUAUCUACUCAUAAGUUUUAUUGUCUCGCUUUUAAAUUUAAUGACUUUUUAUUUAAACACUUUCUCACUCGAUACUGACGUCUUAUAAUUAAUUAUGUAAUAUAUACUGUGAAAAAUUUUAAUCUCCGCAAAUGGAUAUGAUUACUUAAAAUAUUUAUAAUGGGACUGAAAAUAUUACUAAUUCGAAUGUACAGUCAUGUAGUGACAAGGUAUCCCUUGCAAUUCAUGGCAUUCAUCUUGUUAAAUGAAUUAAAAUUGUAUGUGGCUGCGACUCAAAAAUAUUUAGGUUUUUGAGCGUUGGAGAUUUACCUCAUCGCAGAAUACAGCGAGGAGUUAAAAAUUGGGUAACUCCAGUCAUAUGAUCUAUCCAGCAUCCAAUCAUCAAUGUAUCUUGCUACAAGAAACAGUCUGAUGUUAUGAUAAGUGUUUGUUGUAGACAUUUAAAUGUAGUUGAACUCUGCAAAUAACAAAUAAAGUCAAUUUUUGACGUUUCAGUAUCCACCGCCACUAA